CAAAACAAACAACAAAUCGACUCACGUCAACUUUCCAGACAUGAUUGAAGAAAAAUUAAAAAUAUAUUUAAAAUAAACAAUAUUUCUUUAAAAAACAUAUUUAUGAAAUUGUGUCUACGUGUUAGUUUAAAAUAUCGUUAUACCUGAUCGUCGUUUUAAAGCGAAACGUUCAACUUAGGCUGACAAAACACCUACAAUCAAAACCAACACGUCACGAAAAUGCAGGUUCCACUGCGAAAAGGAAAGGAUCUUCAAUUUUAGCUUUUGAAUAUUUCGUCAAAAAAUGCAAUCAAAUAGUAAAACAAGAGAGAUGUUUAUAUUGAGGGCUUUGGAAAAAAUUUUGAAUGAUAAAGAAAUCAAAAGGUCCCACCAUUCACAGCUUAAAAGGGCAUGUGAAGCAGCACUAGAGGAACUAAGAAAGGAACCUCACCCAUCUCAAUCUCCAAAUGAUGAAUCUGAAAAAAUAUCAGAUGCCUUGCCGCUUCCCAAAAGUGGUGAUGCCAAUGUCCUUACCACUGAGAAAUACUUUUUGCCAUUUGAACUGGCUUGCCAAAGCAAGAGUGCCAGGAUUGUCACUACUGCUUUGGACUGUUUACAGAAACUGAUAGCUUAUGGACAUUUAACUGCCAAUGUUCCUGAUUCCACCACGCCUGGGAAACUGCUUAUUGAUAGAAUUGUUGAGACAAUUUGUGCUUGUUUUACUGGACCACAAACAGAUGAAGGUGUUCAGCUUCAAAUAAUAAAAGCUCUGUUGACAGUAGUGACUAGUCAACAUGUUGAAGUGCAUGAAGGUACAGUUUUACUGGCAGUUAGAACAUGUUACAAUAUAUUUUUGGCCAGCAAAAACUUAAUUAAUCAAACUACUGCCCGGGCCACUUUAACACAGAUGCUUAAUGUAAUUUUUAUUAGGAUGGAGCUUGAGGCUGAAGCACAUCCAGAAAUGCUAAAUAAUGAUAAACAUAAUUCAAGUAACAUAUCAAUUCUCAAUGGUGAUGUGAAAUUUCAUAAAGAAGAACCUGAUAUUCAAAAAGAAGUUAAGGAAAUAGGUAGUAUUGAGGAUGAAGGCAAGGAAUUAAGUGAAGAGCGUGUUCCAGGCGAAAAGAAUAUGAUAGAAGAGCAGACAGAAAGUGAGAAAAUUGCUGUUGAUAUUUUAAGCAGCAUCAUUGAUAAUGCUAUUUACGAUUCUGAUAGCCAUAUAAAGUUGGCUGGAUCAGUUACUUCUGUCAAUUCUAUUGAGGAAACCAAAAGUAUAUCAUCAUCAAUUACUAGGAUACCAUCUCAAGAAAGUUUGACCACUAACAGUGAAAAUGAUUCGGCAGUUACAGCAAAGUUCACUCAUGUACUUCAAAAAGAUGCUUUUUUAGUCUUUAGGGCUCUGUGUAAAUUAUCAAUGAAACCCCUACCAGAGGGAACCCCAGAUCCCAAAUCUCAUGAAUUACGAAGUAAAAUUCUCUCCUUGCAACUCUUGUUGUCCAUUUUGCAAAAUGCAGGACCAGUUUUUAGAUCAAAUGAAAUGUUUAUUACAGCCAUCAAACAAUACCUUUGUGUGGCACUAAGUAAAAAUGGCGUCAGUUCAAUACCGACAGUAUUUGAAUUGUCACUUGCGAUAUUUUUGGCACUACUAUCAAAUUUUAAGCUUCACUUAAAGAUGCAAAUUGAAGUAUUUUUCAAGGAAAUUUUUCUGAACAUUUUAGAAACCUCUAACUCAUCAUUUGAACACAAAUGGAUGGUCAUCCAGGCAUUAACAAAAAUAUGUAGUGAUGCUCAGUCUGUCGUAGAUAUUUAUGUCAACUAUGACUGUGAUUUGGCUGCUGCAAAUUUGUUUGAGAGGCUCGUAAAUGAUCUUUUUAAGGUUGCCCAAAGCCGUCAUUCGCAAGAAUUAGGUGCCUCGGCCAACCAAGAACGAGAAAUGAAAUUAAAAGGGUUAGAAUGUCUUGUGUCAAUUUUAAAAUGCAUGGUGGAAUGGAGCAAAGAUCUCUACGUCAACCCUAAUCUUCAAAGUACGGUGGGGGAGCCACAAGGAAAUAAAGAAAAAGAUAAUGUGUCUCUAAAGAGCCAUGAAGGUAGCAUUGAGAGUUUGAACUCGAGUGAUAGCGGCAAUAAGGAGGUGCUAGAUUCUCCUGAGCAGUUGGAGGUGUUAAAACAACAAAAAGAGGUAUGGGAAACUGGUAUUGAACUAUUUAACAGGAAAUCUCGAAAAGGGAUAUCAUACCUUCAAGAACAUGGACUCCUUGGAGGCACUCAAGAAGAAAUUGCCAGAUUUCUACAUUCGGAAGAGAGAUUGGACAAGACUAAUAUAGGAGAUUUCUUAGGGGAUAAUGAUGAUUUUUGUAAAGAAACAAUGUAUACUUAUGUAGACCAGAUGGACUUUACUAGCAUGGACUUUGUUGCUGCCUUAAGACAUUUUUUGGAUGGCUUUAGGUUACCGGGAGAAGCGCAAAAGAUAGAUCGGCUUAUGGAAAAGUUCGCAAGCAGAUACUGCGAAUGUAAUCCAAACAAUGGACUAUUUUCUAGCGCUGAUACCGCCUAUGUAUUGGGUUUUUCAAUUAUAAUGUUAACUACUGAUUUGCAUUCCGCCCAAGUGAAAAAUAAAAUGACCAAAGAGCAAUAUAUCAAAUUAAAUCGCGGUAAUACCGAUUGCAAAGAGGUGCCCGAAGAGUAUUUAUCACAAAUUUACGACGAAAUUGCUGGACACGAGAUCAAAAUGAAAAAUACUGUAAAUAAACCCGGUAAACAGCAAAUUAACAGCGAAAAAAGGAGAAAGAUUUUGUUCAAUAUGGAGAUGGAAGCGAUUUCUACUGCUGCAAAAAACUUGAUGGAGUCAGUUUCACAUGUUCAGGCACCGUUUACUUUGGCAAAACAUUUGGAGCAUGUCCGACCGAUGUUUAAAAUGGCUUGGACUUCGUUUUUGGCCGCAUUCAGUGUUGGUCUACAAGAUUGCGACGAUCCAGAAGUGGCAUCCCUAUGCCUCGACGGAAUCCGAUGCGCCAUACGUAUAGCAUGCAUCUUCCAUAUGACCUUAGAAAGGGACGCCUAUGUCCAGGCUUUGGCUAGAUUCACCCUCUUAACCGCAAACUCACCAAUAAUGGACAUGAAGGCGAAAAAUAUUGACACCAUAAAGACACUGAUUAUGGUCGCACAUACGGACGGGAAUUAUCUAGGAACCUCGUGGCUGGAUAUUGUGAAGUGUAUAUCGCAGUUGGAAUUGGCGCAACUGAUCGGGACGGGUGUGAGACCGGAGUUUUUAUCUGGACCUGGACAUAAGCCACCUGAUCCGAGUUAUAAGGAACAUAUAGGUCAAACCAGCUCUCAAAGUGUAGUAGUGGCAGUCGACCGCAUCUUCACCGGUUCGACACGUCUAGACGGUGAUGCUAUAGUAGACUUUGUAAAAGCGUUAUGCCAAGUCUCUCUAGACGAAUUAGCGCACCCCGGUCACCCAAGAAUGUUCUCCCUGCAAAAAAUCGUAGAAAUUUCUUAUUAUAACAUGGGCAGAAUCCGUCUACAAUGGUCCAGGAUAUGGCAAGUGCUCGGAGAACAUUUUAAUACAGUAGGUUGCAGCAAAAACGAAGAUAUUUGCUUCUUCGCCGUGGAUAGCUUGAGACAACUGUCUAUGAAAUUUAUAGAGAAAGGAGAGUUUUCAAACUUCAGAUUUCAAAAAGACUUUCUCCGUCCGUUUGAACAUAUCAUGAAGAAAAACGUUUCGCCAACGAUACGCGAUAUGGUAGUCAGAUGCGUUGCUCAAAUGGUCAACUCACAAGCAAAUAAUAUUAAAUCGGGAUGGAAAAAUAUAUUCUCGGUGUUUCAUCUUGCCGCCGGGGAUCAAGAGGAGGCGAUUGUCGAAUUGGCCUUCCAAACUACCGGAAAAAUAAUAUCAGAGUUAUAUGAAAAACAAUUUCCCGCGAUGAUAGAUUCUUUCCAGGACGCCGUUAAAUGUCUUUCAGAGUUCGCGUGCAACGCCCGUUUCCCUGAUACCUCAAUGGAAGCUAUAAGGUUAGUACGUGCAUGCGCGUGCAGCGUUGCCGGUGCUCCAAGUUUGUUUGCUGAACAUGGCGGCAUGGAAAGUGACGUCACUAUAACCGAAGACGAUCGCGUUUGGGUCAGAGGGUGGUUUCCUCUGUUAUUUUCUUUAUCUUGCGUGGUAAACCGGUGUAAGUUGGAUGUGCGCACUCGCGCCUUAACUGUGAUGUUUGAAAUAAUUAAAACUUACGGUGACACCUACAAGGCGCACUGGUGGAAAGAUUUAUUUAAGAUCCUGUUUAGGAUCUUUGACAAUAUGAAAUUACCGGAAAAGCAUACGGAAAAAGCCGAAUGGAUGACGACGACGUGCAAUCAUGCUCUGUAUGCUAUUGUGGACGUGUUUACGCAGUAUUUCGAUAUUUUGGGGCCAUUGUUACUGGAAGAUUUGUAUGCGCAGUUGCAUUGGUGUGUGCAACAGGACAAUGAACAACUAGCUAAAUCAGGUACCAACUGUCUAGAAAAUCUAGUCAAUUCUAACGGACAAAAAUUUACCGAAGAUACAUGGGAUAAAACUUGCAAAUGCAUGUUAGACAUUUUUGAUUCGACCAUCCCAACCGCUCUGCUUACCUGGAAACCCGAAUCAAUGAAAACCACCGCUAUUAUAGAAAACGGUGACAUAAACGUCAAAAGCAUACUUAAAAGGUCUGUUAGUUUUGCUGACCAACAGGCACUAAACCCGGACGUCGCCCUAUUUCAAAGCUUGGAAAUUAAAAGCGUAGUACAACUAGAGCUGAUACAGACUAUAGAUAAUAUUGUAUUUUAUCCGGCGACUUCAAGAAAAGAGGACGCGGAAACGUUAGCAUUGGCUGCUGCUGAUAUGACAGGAAACGGUAGUUUGACGGAGUGUCAGCGCGAAGAACAGGGAAUGUAUAGACUGUUGAGUUCGCCACAUUUGUUAAAGUUGACGGAGUGUUUGCAACAGUCGCAUAGAUUUGCAAAAGCCUUCAACCUCAAUCACGAACAACGCAACCUACUCUGGAAAGCCGGUUACAGAGGAUCAGUAAAACCAAACCUCCUUAAACAAGAAACCCAGAGCCUGGCAUGUUUACUUAGGAUUCUGUUUAAGAUGUACUGUGAUGAAGGUAGACGUCAGCACUGGCACUUGAUCGAAGAGAAACUGAUGGACGUGUGCCAAGAGGCUUUCGAUUACUUUUUACAGUUACAGAGCGAGGCGCACAGAGAAGCUUGGACCUCUUUGCUAUUACUCGUCUUGACUAGAAUGUUAAAAAUGACUGACGAUAGGUUUGCAGUUCACGUAUCAAAAUACUACCCUUACCUCUGCGAGAUCUUAUGUUUCGACCUGAAGGCGGAACUUCGUUCCAUAUUAAGGCGAGUUUUUCUGCGAAUCGGGCCAGUGUUUCAUAUAACACGGAGUACGUCUUAGCUUAAAUAUUACUUCAAUUUAUUUAGGGACUUAUAAAUGAAAAGGUGUUACAGGUAAUGUAACAAAAAUUGAGCUAUUAAAGUAACGAAAAUUAACUUAUAUUUAACCAAAAACGUUUUAACAUGUAUAUUUUAUAGUAGAAAGAAACUUUAAAUGUGUUGAUAACGGUGUGUGAUCUAAAAAAAGUGAAACAUAUGUUUAAACUUAACAUUUGCCUGUAGCACCUUGUCUUGUUUAGGUUGUAAAGAAUUUAUUUAAUAGAUUUUCAAAUAGCCUAUACUAUGUGAGAAAAAUGGUACUAGUCGUGAGAAUAUUUAACGUUUUUUUUUUGGCUGUUAAUAAGUUUCUUUAUAAAUGCAAGUAGAAGUAAAAUAAACAUUAUUUAGUAACACGUUAAUUUUUUUAAAACUGAACAAUAUUAAUUCUAGUUUUUAGAUAAAUAUUGUUUGAAGGCGUAUAAUUUUUAAUAGGGUAUAGUUUCAACGACCCAAAAUCUAGAGCGUACUGCUAAAGCUCUUUAUUUCGUUUUAAGGUCAUAUCGAUUGUUAAUUUUUUCAGCACUGUUAUAUAUACUUGAUUAACUAUACUUAUCUUUGCUAAAUACUAAAACAACAUUGAAAAACGCUGUACAUAAGAGUAAUUAGGUAUUUACGCCAUUCCGUACUAGGUGAUAACAUUUUUAGAUAAUUUAUUAGGAUAAUUAAGGAUAUCUCUAAAAUGACUUUGCCUUAUUAUUUUCGACAGUGGAAACUCAAAAUAUUUAUUCAAUUUUCUACUUCAUGGCUAUAAGUAUUACUUACAAAGUCGACAAAUGGUAAUCCAGCAUAAACUUUCUACCAUAAUACAACGUCCAAACGGUUAAGUCAUUAUUAUCAUUUCUUUCUAAUGAAAUUUUAGUGUAGUUCCUUAUAAAAUAAAAAGGCGAAGUAUAUAGAACUAUUUUACGUGCCUUCAACUAUAGUGGUUGUACGAUUUUUAUAUUGUUUUAUUGGUUAUGUAAACAUAUUGAUCUUUGAACGAUAGAGAUUUUUCUUGAUAAUGAAUACACUACUUUUAUCAAGGACAAUAUAAUAAUGAUAUGCUGUAUAAUUUUUGUUUAAAGAAAAUGAUAUUGUAUAUAAAAUACCGUAAAUAUAUCGCAAUUGUUUUACCAAUACUACAACACAAAUAAAAAGCUUAAAUAUUGAAA